GCUUCCGCCCCUUCUCCUCUGUUCAUCACAAAAUCAACAAAACACACACAGAAAAGAUCAACACAAAACUCUCAGAGAAUUCUAUUUUUUCGAUUAGCGUAGGAAUACUUAUCGAUCGAGCUUUUUGGCUAUGGCGAAAACGGAAGGCAGAGCAAUUGGCAUCGAUCUCGGCACGACGUACAGCUGCGUCGGGGUAUGGCAGAACGACCGCGUCGAAAUUAUUCCAAACGAUCAGGGGAACAGGACGACUCCGUCCUACGUCGCAUUUACCGACACCGAGAGGCUGAUAGGCGACGCCGCGAAGAAUCAGGUCGCGAUGAAUCCUCAGAACACUGUUUUCGACGCCAAGCGUCUCAUCGGCCGGCGGUACUCCGAUCCGUCGGUGCAGAGCGACAUGAAGCACUGGCCGUUUAAGGUGAUUCCAGGUGCCGGCGAUAAGCCGAUGAUUCAGGUACAGUAUAAAGGAGAGGAGAAGCUCUUCUCUCCGGAGGAGAUUUCGUCUAUGGUUUUGACGAAGAUGAAGGAAGUCGCGGAGGCUUUCCUCGGCGGCGAGGUGAAAAACGCCGUCGUAACUGUUCCUGCUUAUUUCAACGAUUCGCAGCGUCAGGCGACGAAGGACGCCGGCGCGAUUUCUGGAAUGAACGUCAUGAGGAUCAUCAACGAGCCUACAGCUGCUGCAAUCGCCUACGGAUUGGAUAAAAAAGCUUCUAGAAGCGGCGAGAAGAACGUUCUGAUCUUCGAUCUCGGCGGCGGUACUUUCGACGUCUCUCUGUUAACGAUUGAGGAAGGAAUUUUCGAAGUAAAAGCCACCGCCGGCGACACGCAUCUCGGCGGCGAAGAUUUCGACAACCGUAUGGUGAAUCACUUCGCGUCGGAGUUCAAGCGGAAGCACAGAAAGGACAUCAGCACCAACGCCAGAGCGCUCCGGCGACUGAGAACCGCCUGCGAGAGAGCAAAAAGGACACUCUCCUCCACCGCACAGACGACAAUCGAAAUCGAUUCUCUAUUCGAAGGUAUCGAUUUCUAUGCUACCAUUACCAGAGCUCGAUUCGAGGAGCUAAACAUGGAUCUGUUCCGGAAAUGUAUGGAGCCUGUGGAGAAAUGCUUGAGAGACGCCAAAAUCGACAAGAGCCACGUAAACGACGUCGUUUUAGUCGGAGGAUCGACACGAAUCCCCAAAGUGCAGCAGCUUUUGCAGGACUUCUUCAAUGGUAAGGAGUUAUGCAAAAGCAUAAACCCUGAUGAGGCCGUAGCGUACGGCGCCGCAGUGCAGGCGGCGAUCCUAAGCGGCGAAGGUAACGAGAAGGUCCAGGACCUCCUCCUCCUCGAUGUAACGCCGUUAAGCCUCGGCAUUGAAACCGCCGGCGGAGUAAUGACGACGUUAAUCCCUCGCAACACUACGAUCCCCACUAAGAAGGAGCAAAUCUUUUCGACGUAUGCCGACAACCAGCCCGGCGUACUGAUCCAGGUCUUUGAAGGCGAACGGCAAAUGACGAAGGACAACAACCUCCUCGGAAAAUUCGAGCUAAAAGGGAUUCCGCCGGCGCCGCGUGGCGUGCCGCAGAUCAACGUGUGCUUCGACCUCGACGCCAACGGGAUUCUCCACGUUACGGCGGAGGAUAAGACGGCCGGCGUGAAGAACACGAUCACGAUCACCAACGACAAGGGCCGGCUGAGCAAGGAAGAGAUCGAGCGGAUGGUGAACGACGCCGAGAGGUAUAAAGCCGAGGACGAGGCAAUGAAGAAGAAAGUAGAGGCGAAGAAUGCGCUAGAGAAUUAUGCGUAUAGUAUGCGGAAUACGGUGAGAGAUGAAAAGGUCGCGGCGAAAUUGGGUGGCGAUAAGGAUAGGGUUGAGAAGGCGGUUGACGACGCGAUCGAUUGGCUCGACCGGAAUCAGCUCGCCGAGGUCGACGAGUUUGAGGAUAAGUUGAAGGAGUUGGAGGGAGUGUGCAAUCCGAUUAUAUCGAAGAUGUAUCAGGGCGGCGCCGGCGGCGAUGAUAUGCCGGGGAGUGGUGGCGGUAGUGGCGGAAGUGGUGGCGCCGCCGCCGGAGGGCCGAAGAUUGAAGAAGUUGAUUAAGGUAUUGUGUUAUGUGAGAGUGAUGUGAUGAGGUUUUAUGUAGUUGAUGUGUAUGGUUUGUGUUUUGUUGUGUUGAGGUUUUGAGACAUUGUGGUGUAAUGUUCAUUGUGGACGUUUAAUAAAAUUAUUUAAGGAGUA